AUGGCAACAGAUAAUGAUUCAAAAUAUAACAUCACCAAAAAUAACAAAGAUGAGCAAAAAUUAGAGAAUACUUUAAUUGGGCAUGGAGGAUUUGCUGUUGUUUAUCGUGUUGAACUUCAAAACUUAAACUGUGUAAUAAAGAGAUUAAAAAUUAAUAUAUAUAUAGAUGACGAAACUUUUAGACGAAUCAAACGUGAG